UGUCAUAAAAUUUCAGGGGUUAUCAAUGGCUAAUAAGCUAGGGGAAAGUAGCUUCCGAUCUAAAAAGAACCUGGACAAUUGGAAAUUUCCGUCGAUCCCUGUUGGUGAAGUGUACAAAAAAAAUUUAUUUAGGAUUUUUCCGAGCUAUGCUGUCAAAGAUUUUGAAGAAACCAUCACACUGGAUGGAGAUAAUAACAGGAAUGUAUCCUUCGAAUUACUUUCUUGCAACUUCCAAAAGGGGUUCAUUAAGGAGCAUCAUAGGUUUCUGCACUUGGGUUUGGUCCAAAUAGCUGUCAAGCCACUAAUAAGAGAUGGCUUAGGAACUCCAGUAGCAGUGUGCCUUAGAGAUACUAGGCACCUUGACUUCCAGAACUCUUUGUUAGCACUUGUAGAAUCUGAUCUAUCUCAGGGUCCAUUCUAUUUUAACUGUUUCCCGAGUUUUUCGUUUUCUUUGGCUGAUGUUUCUUCAUUUGAAAUCAUGAUUUUGAACAGUAGGACACCUUUGGCAUUGAUAUACAGGGUAGUGUGUAAAGCUAUGUUGGACUUAAGACCAGAGGCACUGAAGGAGCCGAUUUUGGGCGAGUCAGCUUAUUUUCAGCCGGCUACUGGAGCAAAUGGCACAACAAAAUGGGAAGAGUAUGUGACAAAAGUCCAUGAAUCUUCUUCGACUGGUAAACAGGAGUCUGAAGCACAAGAUGGGAUUGCACUUGAAAUUCUUCCAGAUGGCCCUGACCUUCAACAGGGCAGAUCAAUGGCUAUUAAGCUUGUUAAUGAAGAGGGAGACAAUUCACCGAUCAAAAUGAACUUAGAUGAUUGGAAAUACCCUAAAAUACCCAUCAUAGAAGUGUACAAUCGUACUCAUGAUAAAAUUGUAUCUGUGUAUGGUUAUGGUCCCUCCUUUUGGUCAAAAGCUAAAAAAAAAUUGAGUGUUUUUCCAAGCUCUGUAGUAAAAGAUUUUGAAAAAACAAUCACUGAAAGCAAAUGACCAUAAUGUAUCCCUUAAAUUACUAAAAGGUUUUAACAAGUUUCUAAACAAUGGGUACGUGCAUUUCGGUCUGGUCCAAAUAGCUAUCAAGCCACUGAUGAGUUAUGGGUUAGGAGAUUCAGUAAUAGUGUGUCUUACAGAUGCUAGGAUUGUUGAAUUUGAGCAAUCUUUGUUAUCAGUUGUGCAAUCAGAUCUAUCUCAAGGUCCCUUCUAUUUUAACUGCUGCCCCGGUUAUACAAUCCCUUGGAAAGAUCGCGAGAUCCUUACCUUAAAUGUUAUGACGAGUGGAGUACCUUUGGCAUUAACAUACAGGGUAGUGUGUAAGGCAUCAACAGAUAUAACCUUAGAUAUAAGGGGGUCAAUUAGGAGAGAAACAACUUAUUUUCAACCCAUGUCUACUACUGGGACUGAAAGUACUACUACAUGGGAUGAGGUGCAAUUUCCAGAGUCGUGGACUAAUAUGUAAACUAGAGGCUUAAGCAAAAGAUGGGAGUAUACUGAAGACCCUUCCCAGAUCCAAACGGUCAUGUCAUAUUGAGGUUUACAGAAACAGAUGAUGAAGAUCAGGAGUAUUGAGAAGAUGACAUAUUCUUCACUGUUAGCCUUAAGCUCUAAGAGUCUAAGGUACAUUGCAUUAAAAGGGUGUUGGCUUAAGUUUGAAUUACAGUCUGUAAUAUCUUUGAGUAUUCUGUUAAGUUUUAUGCAUAAUCAUUUUUUGUUUUUAUUUAGCAUGCAUUUCAAAGGAUUGUUGUUGUAUACAAGUAUAUAACUAUAUAAGUGUAUAUCUGAAAUUAUUUGCAUUUUCAGUUGAUUGGUA